GUAUCUAGGUGUUAAAUUUAUGUAAAUGAAUAAAUAGAUAGGGCAUAAAUUAGUUACAGUUUAAAAUUAACAUAAACUUGACAACAAUGGAGUAAUGUGACUAUGACGUUGAGAAAGAGGAGGUUAUAAAGUAACCGUACUUUUCUUUUUGUCAGUUUAGUUCCGUGUAACAUGGCGAAACAUUCGCCUCGUCCUGUUGACAAGAUUUUAUCUAUAAUAUUUUUAUUCGCAAUAGUUAAUCCUACUCGAACUUCACCACUAGAAGAUUCCUACGAUCCAGAAUUUACCUCUAUUACUGCACGACCUCCAGUUGAAUAUGAGGACUACAAAAAAAUUAUAUUUCAAGUGCGCGGAAGAAAUAUCUACCAUGGCAUUCAAAUCAAAGCAACGAAAAAUAUUUCUGAAAGAAAUACUAAAUGUGAGGACUUGAAAGUUCCGUAUAAUAUUAGUGAAAUACAAUCUUUUGAAUUUCAAUCGGCACAAUAUGAGUUGACAGUGCCAAAAAAUGUGCAGGGUAAUAUUUAUCUCUGCUUACCCCGAAAAGUUAGAGAAAAUAGUGGACUACCUCCGCUGUAUAAUAGCCAGUUUUAUCAGUGGUACCAUCAGGGACCUAAUAUUAGUGUAGAUGUAUCUUCUGAUAACACAGAUUUGAAGUUAUCCCUUCAAAGAAGGGCAUUAAGUAACAACAAUAACACCCUUCGUGUACUGGGUCUGCGUUUAGAACACGCUUAUAAAGAACCAGAAUUUGAGGAGGGUGGCAUACCUUCAUUAUUAUCAAAUCAUGACCAUGUUUUCCGUAUAUUCGGUGUUGGUUUUACAGAAUCAACUCUUAUAACUUUCACAGCUAAUAAGGAAGAUUGUUAUAUACCUGUUGGUGGAAAUGUAUUUCAGAUUCAAAAUGGAACAUUUUCCCCAGACAGCUUUCAAAUUAUUGUAAAUCUUCCUCCUUCCAUAGGCGACGAACCCUAUUAUAUUUGUGCCAAAGAUGGUGCUACAGAUCUAGACACAGUGUUCAAACAUCAAGGAACGGAAAGUUGGAAACAAAUUAUAAUUCACGAUAAGAGAAUACCACUUUGGGCUACGUUGAUUCUUAUUUUCAUAUGUCUGUGCUUUUCUGCCUGUUUCUCAGGAUUGAAUUUGGGAUUGAUGUCUUUGGAUAUUACUGAUCUAAAAAUAUUAGUUAACACCGGUACACCAGAAGAAAGGAAAUAUGCGAAAGCAAUUCAGCCAGUAAGGAAUCACGGAAAUUAUCUGUUGUGUUCCAUUUUAUUGGGUAACGUUGCUGUCAAUUCAGUAUUUACCGUACUUUUGGAUGAUUUGACUUCCGGUUUGGUGGCUGUUAUUUUUUCGACUUUAUUAAUCGUGCUCGUCGGUGAAAUUACCCCUCAGGCAAUAUGUGCGCGUCACGCUUUGGAAAUUGGAGCUAAAACAAUUAUUUUGACGAAAGCCUUGAUGUUACUCACUUUCCCCUUAUCUUAUCCAGUAGCCAAAUUUUUGGAUUGUCUUUUGGGUGCCGAAAUCGGUAACGUGUACACCAGGGAGAGACUGAAGAAAUUGGUAACGGAAACAGCCGGUGAAAAUGACUUGGACAAAGACGAAGUAAACAUCAUUAGCGGAGCUCUGGAAUUACGUAAGAAAACGGUCAGUGAGGUUAUGACAAAAAUAGAAGAUGUUUUUAUGCUCGAUUACGAAGCUAUAUUGGACUUUGAAACAGUUUCCGAAAUAAUGAAAAGUGGAUUUUCGCGUAUACCCGUUUAUGAAGGGUCGCGUCAAAAUAUCGUUACGAUGCUGUACAUUAAAGAUUUGGCGUUUGUCGAUCCCGAUGAUAACACCCCUUUGAAAACAUUGUGCCAAUUCUAUCAGAACCCUUGCAAUUUUGUUUUCGAAGAUGUUACCUUGGAUGUUAUAUUCAAAAUUUUCAAAGAAGGUAACAAAGGUCACAUGGCAUUUGUUCAUAGAGUGAACAAUGAAGGAGAAGGUGAUCCCUUCUAUGAAACUAUUGGUUUAAUAACUUUGGAAGAUGUAAUCGAAGAAUUGAUCCAGGCGGAAAUUAUGGAUGAGACUGAUGUGUUUACCGACAAUCGUUCAAAGAGAAAAAGAAAUGCGGAAAGAAGACAAGACUUCACGGUAUUUGCUGAAAAACGUGGCGAACUUAACAAAAUAAGAAUCAGUCCUCAAUUGACUCUCGCUGCUUUCCAGUAUCUGAGCACAAGUGUUGAAUCCUUCCACCCUAAUGUUAUAUCCGAGACAAUAUUACGCCGUUUAUUGAAACAAGAUAUUGCCGUACAUAUAAAGAAGAAUAAAGAAUGGCGUACGGAUCCGGCAAAUGUAAUAUACAACCAAGGUAAAUCGGUUGACUUCUUUGUGUUAAUUCUUGAAGGUCGUGUAGAGGUAACUGUUGGCAAAGAAAACCUUAUAUUCGAAGGAGGACCAUUCACAUAUUUCGGAACUCAAGCCUUGGUUCAAACCGUUGGAAUUGAAUCACCUUCGGUCACAACAUCAGCAAUGGGUAGUUUGGAAUCAUUAAAUAUCGAUUCUUUAUUGCGUCACACUUUCGUUCCCGAUUAUACAGUUCGUGCUAGCACCGAGGUGCUUUAUUUGAAGAUAAAGAGAAGCCUUUAUCUGGCGGCAAAGAGAGCUACUUUGAUGGAACGAUCCAAAAAAGACGAUACCGGCGUGGACCAACAUUUCGAUGAAGAAGUUGAUAAGCUUAUGCAUUCAUUGGCUGAUGACGACAUAAUAAGCGCAGGUAGUCAAACACCAAAACGGAAAUCUUUGAGAAAAUCUCAAGAAUUAAAACCGGACAGUUUAUCGAGUCAGACCAGCCCAAAGACACCAUCACAUUUCAGCAGUAAUAGUCCUCCGCACCGUCUUGGUUCCCGUGACGUAAACGGUUCUGUUAAAGCAAGUCCUGUAGACGAUAUUCAAAUAGUGGGGGCUAAGGAUGAAGAAAACACCAUGCUUUUGCCGAAAAAUUCAUAACGAAUUUUCAAGGUCCUAUUUAUUUAGGGCCCACUUUUAAAACGCUACUUAAAUGAUUGUAUUCUAUUUAAUUAAGUUCAAUGUUAAUGGAGAAAUAUUAUUUAUGGUUAUUCUCUAUUGGCAUUUAUCUUUUAUCUUAAAUUGAAGAACUGACACUGGAUAUAUCGUAUUUGGAAAAGUUUUUAUAUAUUUUAUUUGAUCAUUACAAAUUCUACAAAAAAACUUUAUUUUAUUAUAAGAGUAUCUACACUGUAAAAACUAAGCUGCAAAUUUUCUUAUUCUUCAUCUAUUGCUAUGACUGAACUUCUGGCAUUUAAUUUACCGACUUUUUGAUUUUUCUUUUUACAACCAGUUUUUUUUUGUUUUUAGUUUUUCACUAUUCCUUGUGUUUCUAUUGAAAACACGGUUACUAUACAGCAAUACUCAAAAUUAUACUCUCUGGUCCUUCGAGCCUAACAUGAACCUGUAGAUGACUCAAAGAACCAGACAUGUGAAUAAUGUUGUAGUAGAUCAGAAUGAACAUCACCAAAAAUUUUAACUUAGCUACUACUUUUUUUUUGAUACCAUAUUUUUAGGCCAAAUUUUAUUCUUUAUAUUAUUUUAUCAUAGAAAUAACAACUUUUUGAAAUAGAUGUAUCUACUGGCAACUUAUUUAGUGGUACUUACUGUUUUUUAAAUUUCCUUUAACCAAUAUUUAGCUGUCUUGAUAUAUAACGGUAAGUUCAGAAAAUUUAAUUUAAUCAUAACAUUAUACAGAUAUAAGAACAAAUUAAUUAACACAUACAAGUUAGUUUGUUAAUUCAUGCAACUGCAUUGCUUUGGUGACUUGGCAUACCCUCUGUUAAUUCUCUUAGUAACGUUUUCGUUGUCGUUGUAUUUCUAAUUAUGGGCUUUGAUGUUUUUAACAACUAACGGUGAAUUAAGAGAAAUGGACGUAAUGGGUACAAGAAAUACAGGAACUUUCAAGAGUUUUUUUAAUCCGUGUCUCUGAUCUCUAUUUUUGCAUAUGCUGAUCCUUCGUAUUUUGUCUUAUGCUCUGCGUUUCUUGUUUUCUAUUGUUAGUUAAUUUAACACAAUUUUUUUGUUUAAUAAGUUUUCGUUAGGUCAGUGUAUCAACACUAAAUUUACUUAAUUUGAUUUUUUCUGAACUUAUUGUUUAAGGAACUAAUAUUACUAAAAAAAUUGUUCGUUGUAUAAAAGUUUUAAGAAUUUCAAUAUGUACUUAAACCCCAUAAGCGUAAGUUUGAUUUGAAGUUUAAUAUGUAGAUUAUAUAAAACUAUGUUACACAGAAGAUUUAAAUUAACAAUCAAGACCUGGUAGGUUUCUACUUGGGAAAAAUCAUUUAAACGAGCAAUAAUUUUUACUUAAACGUUUUUUAGUACUUAAAAUCCAAUUAAUAUAACUUGUAAUUGUAAUUCCUGGUAUGGUCUAGAAAAAAUAUAAAGUAUAUUUAAAAGAUAUACAAUAUAUUUUUUAAUCGAAGUUUGCUAUCUAUGACAAAAAAUAGCAGUGCCGUUGUGAGGCUAAAAAACCAUUUUUCACAUGUCUUCAGACACUCGAAUCAAUGUCUUGUACUUAUAAAAUUUAGUAUAUCAUGAACAAAGUUGGAAACUUCAAAAGUAGAAAAUUCAGAAUCGUUGAAAAUAUGUACAACUUAAAUGAAAAUAAUUACACGUUUUAACCAAAAGAAUAUAACAGUCACCGAAAAAAUUAAGUUUUUCCACGAAUUUUCAAAUGUGGUUUUAUAUUUGAAAAAUUUUCACUAGUUUGGAUAGUAAUUAACAGUUCCUUAUUUAACAUAAUUGAACUUAUUCAAAAUUUGAUUUAAAAUUUUAAUUUAAUCAAAAAUAGUAUUUUUUUUAGUUUAUUUUCAUUAACAAUGGUUUUCCUAAGUUAAAUUUUGUCAAAAUUUGUUUUUUGGGUGUAAUUAAGUAAAAAAAAAGUACUAAGGGUUUAAUUUGACCACAAAUGGGACUUUCUAAAUUUAUUUUAUUUAAAAAUUUGGUUUCCUGAGUUUGUGUGCUGGCUUUAAUUUGGUCAAAACCAAGAAUAUUUAUGUUUAUUUCGAUCAAAAAUUGGUUUUCCUCAGCUAAAUUUUGGUUUUUCUGGGUAUAAUUUAGCGCAAGAUGUACCAUACGUUCAAUUUGAACAAAAAUAGGAUCAUAUAAGUUCAUUUUGAUGAAGAAUCGAUUUUCCUGAGUUCAAGUUUGUAAAAAUUGUUUUUGUUAUCCCGGGCUAAUUUAAUAGAAAAGUGCCAUAAGUUUAAUUUGUUUGAAAAAUGGCUUUUCUAUAUUGGAACAUACAUUGAUUGUUUAAACUUAAUUUAGUCAAUUGACACAGAAUACCUCAACAAUUCUGUUUAUAAGCUUUCUGGUGUCUUCCUACAAUAUUAAUUAUAUACAAAAAAUCUUUUCAUCUCUAAAAUAUUUCGGUAAAUUGAAGAUCUUAACUUUUCCUACAUUAAUAAUAUCAUCCACAACAAAAAUUUUCAAAAAUUAGUCUAAUCAACGUUUUGAUAUUGUCUGUCGUUUCUUACCAGGGACAAUCUGCUUUAAGAGUUUUGCAGUGCGGGGUGUUUAAUUUUUUUUUAACAUUAUUAGAUUGUUAAUUAUUAAAGAACGAAAUUGUAAGUUGAAGCUUUUAAUAUAAGAGAAUAUUUAAUUGACACUCUGUACUACUAGUAUAUAUAUUUUAUUGUUAUAUUAUUUUGUAAUUUUAUAGGUGGUAUAUUUGUCCAUACCCUUAUACGUCGAUAUAAUUUUUGGAAAAAUCUUUUUUUUGAUAAAACAUUUUCUGUAGCGUAGUAAGAAUAGUCUGUGAAAUUAUUAAGCAGUGUAGGUAAAUUCAUUGAGGGAACUGUUUUUUAUGAAAUUAUGCAUAAAUAACAGUUUGAUUAUUUUUUUAUAUUCCACAUUUUAUUGUAAUGUUAUCAAAUAACAAACAGUUUUUUUCACUGUAUAUAAUUGGCGAGGUACAAUUAUGAAUAUUUUACUUUAUUCAAACAUAUAAAAAUGAUAUUUUUAUAAGGUAUGUCUUUUCAAAUUCUUUGUUGAUGAUUCUAUAAUUUUCGUGUUACUAAAUGAUGGAUUUCUAGGUCCUUUGUUAUUUUUAUCGUCAAUUUUUGAAUGCAAAGAAACCAGUAAUGGAUGGUGCUUUUAAUUUCCUGUUGAAAUAUAUGUAGAUGCAAUUUAAAUAAACAUUAUUGAAAUUUA